UUUGUGCUGACUACGACUGCAAGGAGCACAACACCUUCUUCUUUCCCGUCAAGCUCUUCAAUGAUUAGACAGCCAUUGAUGCUCAGAUUUCCAGGCUAGUUUCACCAGAAAACCAUGCAGACGCUCCAGUUUUCAAACAAGACACAGAGCAAGAAAUUGCACGUGCCUUCAUUUGCCCUUGCCCUUGUGCUGCUCAUCUCCUUGGCCUCUCUCACCAGCUCCUGCAGCGAGCAGGAGAGGGGCUCCCUUCUCCAGUUCCUCGCCGGGCUCUUGCAAGACGGUGGACUCGCUGCUUCAUGGCAGAACGGCACGGAUUGCUGCAAGUGGGAAGGGAUCACCUGCAGGCAAGAUAGGACGGUCACCCAUGUCUUGCUGCCUUUUAAGGGCCUCGAGGGAAUUAUCUCACGAUCCCUUGGGAUCCUCGAUGGGCUGCAGCACCUUGAUCUCUCUCACAACUCGCUGUCCGGUGCUCUGCCGUUGGAAUUGGUGUCGUCCAGCAGCAUCAAAAUCCUUGAUGUCAGCUUUAACCAGCUCAAUGGAGCACUCCACGAGUUGCCUUCUUCGGCCCCUCCCCGACCUCUCCAGGUACUGGACAUCUCAAGCAACUUAUUUGCAGGACACUUUCCAUCCAUCACGACGGAGAAUCUGGUCACACUCAAUGCCAGCAAUAACAGCUUUACUGGGAAGAUACCAACUCAACUCUGUAGUACCUCACCAUCCCUCACUGUGCUUGAACUGUGUUUCAACGAAUUCAGUGGCAGCAUCCCCCCAAGUCUUGGUAAUUGCUCCAGGCUGAGAGUGCUCGGGGCUGGAUACAACAACCUCAGUGGAGUAAUCCCAAAUGAACUCUUCUACACAACAUCAUUGGAGUACCUGUCAUUUCCUAACAACGAUUUACAUGGAGCUAUCGAUGGUACAAACAUAACCAACCUCAGAAAUCUUGUAACCCUUGAUCUUGGAAGGAACAGCUUCAGCGGCAAGAUUCCAGUUUCUAUAGGACAGCUCAAGAAAUUGGAGGAGCUCCGUUUGGACGACAACAACAUGUCAGGGGAGCUGCCAUCUGCUCUGAGCAACUGCACAAAUCUGAUAACAGUUGACCUCAAGAGCAAUAAUUUCAGCGGAGAACUUACAAAGGUCAAUUUUUCCCACCUUCCCAAUCUAAGAACAUUAGAUGUUUUCUUGAACAACUUCAGCGGCACAAUUCCAGAUAGCAUAUACUCUUGCAGCAAUCUGACAGCACUGCGGCUAGCUGGCAACAAUUUAUCUGGGCAGCUUUCUCCACAAAUAGCCAAUCUGAAGUACCUCACCUUCAUGUCACUUACUGACAAUUCUUUCAAAAAUAUCACAAAUGCACUUCACAUCCUUAAGAGAUGCAAGAACCUCACCACCCUGCUUAUUGCACUCAACUUCAGGGGAGAGAUCAUGCCAAAGGAUGACAAAAUUGAUGGUUUUGAGAAUCUUCAGGUUUUGGGUAUGGGAGGAUGCGAAUUGUCUGGCCAAAUACCACACUGGAUAUCAAAGCUAGGAAAUUUACAAAUAUUAGUAUUGUCUGACAAUCGGCUCAAUGGGUCAAUACCAGCCUGGAUCAAAACCCUAAGCAACCUGUUCUAUCUGGACAUAUCAAACAAUAGCUUCACCGGGAGGAUUCCAACAGCAAUUAUGGAUAUGCCAAUGCUGAAGUCAGAGAACAGUAAAGCCCAUUUAGACCCAAGGGUAUUUGAGCUACCUGUUUAUAGUAGUCCAUCACGACAAUACCGUGUACCCACUGCUUUGCCUAAAGUCCUGGAUCUAAGCAAGAACAAAUUCACUGGUGUGAUCCCCCUGGAGAUCGGUCAGAUGAAAGCCCUUCUUUCACUCAAUUUCAGCUUCAACCACUUGACAGGACACAUCCCACAAUCAAUAUGCAAUCUCACAAAACUGCAGGUGUUGGACUUGUCGGCCAACAAUCUGACAGGUGAAAUCCCAGCUGCAUUAAACAGCCUGCACUUUCUUUCAGCAUUCAACAUUUCGAACAAUGACCUCAAAGGGCCUAUUCCAUCUGGAGGCCAGUUUAAUACAUUUCAGAAUUCUAGCUUCGACGGGAAUCCGGAGCUCUGUGGUUCUGUACUCGCUCAUAAAUGUGGUUCAGCUUCAACCCCUCUAAUCUCCCCAAAACAACGAAAUAAGAAGGCCAUUUUUGGAAUUGCAUUUGGUGUGUUCUUUGGAGGCAUUGCUAUUCUUUUGUUGCUGGGGCGUCUCUUUGUCUCAAUCAGGAUGAAGGGUGUUACAGCAACAAGUCAAAGGGGGAAUAAUGGAGACGUUGAUGCAUCUUCAUUUUACUCCAGUUCAGAGAAAACAUUAGUAGUGAUGUGGAUGCCACAAGGCAAUGGAGAAGAAAACAAGCUCAAAUUCAGUGACAUUUUGAAAGCCACGAACAACUUUGAUAAGGAAAACAUUAUUGGAUGCGGAGGUUAUGGAUUAGUCUACAAGGCAGAACUACCUGAUGGCUCCAAGGUGGCAAUUAAAAAGCUCCAUGAUGAAAUGUGUCUGAUGGAAAGGGAGUUCAGGGCAGAGGUUGAUGCACUCUCCACGACACAACAUCAAAAUCUUGUACCACUAUGGGGUUACUGCAUCCAGGGAAACUCAAGGCUCCUCAUAUAUUCCUACAUGGAGAAUGGCAGCCUAGAUGAUUGGCUUCAUAACAGGGAUGAUGAUGUUAGCUCAUGUUUUGACUGGCCAACUCGGCUCAAGAUCGCACAAGGAGCAAGCCUGGGACUUUCUUAUAUCCAUGAAGUCUGCAACCCUCAAAUUGUCCAUCGAGACAUCAAAUGCAGUAAUAUCCUACUGGACAAAGAAUUUAAAGCUUAUGUUGCAGAUUUUGGGCUAGCCAGAUUGAUCCUUUCCAACAAAACUCAUGUCACAACUGAGCUAGUCGGCACGAUGGGUUACAUUCCCCCGGAGUAUGGGCAGGCAUGGGUUGCUACAUUGAGAGGCGACAUCUACAGUUUCGGAGUAGUCUUGCUUGAGCUGCUUACUGGAAUGCGGCCUCUUCCAAUCCUAUCCACAUCAAAAGAACUUGUCCCAUGGGUGCUGGAGAUGAGGUCUGAGGGAAAGCAGGCUGAGGUCCUGGAUCCAACCAUUCGAGGCACAGGAAAUGAAGAGCAAAUGCUGAAGGUGCUUGAAGUCGCUUGCAAAUGUGUCAACCACAAUCAAUUCAUGAGGCCAACGAUCAUGGAUGUAGUCUCUUGCCUGGCCAGUAUAGACGCUGAGCACAGAUGCAAAGAUCAGUCAUGAUACAAUGAACUACACACUAUAUAAUCUUGUAUUCUCAUGCAUGGUGUACUUGUAAGUUGUAACUUUAUAGUUUCAGUAGGACUACUACUUCUGAUAAACCUACAGUUUGUUUUUCACUUUGUACAGAG